AUGACGUCACCUCACGUCAUGACUAAAUACAAAAACGCCAUGGCUGAAUGCAUAUAUAAAGGCAAAGCUAUGACGAACUCUCAAACCCAUCACUUGUGAUUACUUCUUCUUCUUCUUCUUCCUCUCUCUCUCUCUCUCUCUCUCUCUCUCUCUCUCUCAGACUAUCUGUAUAAAUGGCAGCAGCUUUAAACAGCAAUAGUUGCAGAGAAGAGUUCAUGAAAGCUCUUGCACCUUUCAUGAAAACUUCUUGUUCUUCUUCAAAACCCAGCCUAACCCAUAAAUCCACUAACCAGCCUGAACCGGUAUCGAAUCAUGUUCUCCAAACCGGUCCGAUCGGCUUAAACCAACUCACACCAGCUCAAAUCCUACAAAUCCAAAUCGAAUUCCAAAACCAAAACCAAGUUCACGGCAAAGGCCGUGACCUCUAUCUCCUUGCUGCGAAGCCAAUCCCCAUGAAGAACACAGUUGCAGCUGCAUCAUCCGUCGUGAGAAAACCUGCCAAGCUCUACCGAGGCGUGAGACAAAGGCACUGGGGCAAAUGGGUCGCCGAGAUCCGGUUACCAAAAAAACGGACCCGGUUAUGGCUCGGUACGUUCGACACUGCCGAAGAAGCCGCCUUGGCCUACGACCAGGCCGCUUUCAAGCUCCGUGGAGAAUUCUCGCGUCUCAACUUCCCCUACCACACGCGCCGUCGCGACUACAAGCCGUUUCCGCCGUCUGUGAACAAGAAGAUUCAGGCCAUCUUCGACGACGUAACUCCGCCGGAGUUUCAGAUUCCGGCGAGGACAGAUGCGGGUUUAUCUGGGUUUUAUGAAACAGAUCCUGUUAUGCCUAAAUUGGAGCAAGAACCCAGCUUUCCAGAGAAAACCGAACCCGGUUAUCCGAAUGAUCGUUUCGUACCUGAAUCCGACAAGACGUUCUUGGACUUCUCGAACGAUUGGACGUGGGACGAGAGAACGAGCUUUGGACUGGAGAAGUAUACUUCAAUGGAGAUUGAUUGGGACGCUGUCGCUAAAGUAUCUGAAUGGAUGUGAUAUCCUUCUUCUUUUCUUGUUCAUGUUGAAGUUUCUCGAAGUAUCUUUAUUCGUUAUUCGAAGAUCUCGUUCUUCAUGGCGCCAUUGUCAGAGCUCUGCAAUGGAAGUUUUUGGCAGUUGCAGUGUAGCGAGGUUCUACUCGGUCUCUGUUCUUUUUUCUUUCUUUCUUUUUGAUGUCUGAGCGAGUCAAUGAUUUUAUUGUAAGUUUAUGUAAUAAUCAGACAGACCCUUGGCUUCAUCUGGGGAUGUGAUUAUUAUUUAGGCCGUGUUAUUAUAUUUUAUUUUUUUUCCUCCAAAUU